ACGCCCAAGUGCCGCCACUAAGUGCCAUUCCGUGCAGCGUGUCUUGGGGAAAAACCAACUUAUUUUAUUUUGGAUCCAUAUAAACUUAGGACUUCCCCCAAAAUCGAGCGCAAACAAGGCUAUCUUAUCGUUUGGAGAUUGUAUAUACACACGAGUAGUUUAUUGCCAGACAGCCACGAUGAAGAAGGUGAUGUUGACGAAAUCGCAGCACAUUCGGUCGGUUUCCACAGGCGGAUCGGAACUUUUAUUGGCCAAGCCACCAAGUGCUCCAGUUCGUGUCAUUGCGAUGCCAGCUCAAAUAGGAGCAACUACCUACAUCCAGAGGAAGUCCUUCCAGCCCGUGUACGAGGACAUUUUCAAAUUACUCAUGCGCAUUCCCGAUAAAGCCCUCACCCAACGGGUGAUCGACGCGAUUAAUGGACGCAAUAGUGGCAGCGAUAAGGUCGCUGCUAUCUCCCAGCCGCAAGGUAAACAAUGUUCUUGUGGGGCCCAAAAAGUAAAUGCCUCCACGCAGACAGAAUCUGAACCCGAUCUGAUGUCUAUAAAGUGCCUGGAAAAGCCUGCCAUAAAGCGUGAAACAUUAGAAACAAAAGCGGAGCCCACAAAUAGCCCUAGUUCAAGUUCCAAGGCCACUGAAACACCGUUCGCACCAAAUGGAAAAGUUCCUAAAAAACGGGGAAGAAAGCGCAAUACCUGUGUGCCACAGGUCGUCAAGAGAUCGGCAGCUGAAAUGGCGCUCCAGGAGCGGGAGGAGAAACAACUGACACCCGUGGUCACCAAGAAGAGAAAACAAGAGGUUGUGGACUCUGGAAAUGCAGGGGUUAAUAGCUUUUCAAAAGCAACUCCCCAGCGACGUAACUCGAACGCGUCCGAUAUAUCUAUUAAUAUGGAUGUGCUCAACGUGGUGGGAGACUACGUGGAAAACUAUAUAAAUGGCUCUAGUAAAGAUCGGAUAUUACGCAUAAUGGCCCAUGAAUUUAAGAAGGCUCAUAUAAUGUCCGAAGAAGGAUUGCUGCCCAUUCAUGAUGAAAUACUACAUGGUGAUGUUCACGGGGUGAAGCGCCAGAUUUUUGUGUGCAAUCACGCCAACCUGGAUAUCAAUGACCUACUGAGCAACGCUGGCGAGGAUUGCCUGCAGCUUGCCCUCGAAAAUGAUACGGACACGGAGAUUGUCUCAAUGCUUUUGGAGGCCAAUUGCCUUACUAAUCAGCUCUACGAUAACUCAAAUACAGUUCUUCAUUUGGCCGUGAUAAACAACAUAAGCAUUGAGUCCUUUAAAUUACUGAUGCAUCGCAUAGAUCUGGAUCUUCUGCUGCUGAUCAACGAUGAUGGUUACACGGUUUUGCAUCUGGCAGUGCGUAACAAUCAGUUUUUAAUUGCGGAGGCAAUCAUGGAUAUCAUUGACAAGCGGCAAUUGGGCGAUGCAGUGUACCGGCGAACAUCGGAGGCUCCAAAUACGAACGAAAGGGAAGAAGAGAAGGCCUUUGCCAAGUACUAUGAUCGGGCCUGCGAAAGAUUGGAGUUGAGUAAACCCAAGUUGAAGAACCGCCGGCAUAAGCAGAAUGUGAUCAAUGCCUCCGAGGCUAAGGGCGGCAAUCCGCCCCUUUUUUAUGCCGUCCAAGGGGAGCAGGAACACCUUUGCUAUUUCCUGCUGGCACAUUUGGCCGAUCCCGAUGAGGAAAACUUAAGCGGGCAAACCCCGAAAUCGUUUCACUACGAAUACGCUCGCACAUUACGCAUUAACCUAAAAGUGGCUCGAGUUAUGGAAAAAGUACAUAACAUAUUGAAUACUUGACAUUAAUUGUGUUUAUUCUGAAUAUAUAUUUAAUGUCUAAUUA